AUGUUGAAGAAACAUAAAAUAUUCUAUUAAAAAUGUAUAAUCUUAGAUUUUAAUAUUAGUAAGAUAUUCUAUAUUAAAUAACAAUAUUUUAGAUAUGUAGACAUCCAAAAGCACUUAAUUUUAGUAUAAUCUGUUUUUAUUAUUAUAGAUUGAACCAAAAAAUAUACAUACUCAUUCUAAUAUAUUUGGAUUCACAGUAAGGAGAUAAGAAAAAAAUCUAUAAAUGA